CCCUGCGUCCGUCGCGAGACCGACGCACAUACAUAAAUCUCGCAGUGAUGGCUGCGCCGCCCGAUACUGAGAGUUUGGAGUCUCGUAUCAACAGAGCCACAAACCCACUGAACAGACACGAAGACUGGAGUAGCAUCCACGCCUUCUGUGACCAGCUCAACAAUGAUUUGGAGGGACCUCAGCUGGCCACCAGGCUCCUGGCCCACAAGAUCCAGUCCCCACAGGAGUGGGAGGCCAUGCAGGCCCUGCUGGUUCUGGAGACGUGUAUGAAAAACUGCGGGAAAAGGUUUCACAGUGAAGUGGGCAAGUUCCGUUUUCUCAAUGAACUCAUCAAAGUAGUUUCUCCAAAGUACCUGGGCUCCCGGUCACCAGAGCCAGUAAAAAAGAAGGUUUUGGAGUUGAUCUUUAGCUGGACUUUGGGGUUACCCGAGGAGGCCAAGAUCUCCGAUGCCUAUCAGAUGCUGAAGAAACAAGGUAUUAUUAAACAAGACCCAGAGCUGCCACCUGACAAACUACUGAACCUUCCUCCACCCAGACCCAAGAAUCCGAUUUUUGAGGAUGAGGAGAAGUCAAAAAUGUUGUCUCGCCUGUUGAAUAGCUCGCACCCUGAUGACCUUAAAGCUGCCAACAAACUCAUUAAGGAAAUGGUUCAAGAGGAUCAGAAGCGAGCAGAGAAAGUGUCAAAGCGGGUGAACACCAUUCAGGAGGUGAAGGAGAGCGUCACUUUGCUCUCUCAGCUUCUGCAGGACUACGACAGCAGCGCCGACAAUCCCAGCAACGCCGAACUCUUACAGGACCUGUACCAGCGCUGUGAGAAAAUGAGACCGACACUGUUCAGACUGGCAAGUGAUACGGAGGACAACGACGAGGCUCUGGCUGAGAUCCUGCAGGCCAACGACAGCCUGACUCACAUCAUCAACCAGUACAAACAGCAGGUGAAGGGGGAAAUAGUAAACGGCAACAACACACUAAACGCACACAAACAAACAGGAGGAGGGACGGCACUGCUAGAUCUGUCCGGGUUGGACACAUCGCCACAGUCGCCUCCGUCCUUCCCAGAGUUCCCCACUCCAACGGACAGCCUCAACGCCCCCUCGCAGGAGAUGGGGAUCAGUCUCCUCGACGACGAGCUCAUGUCGCUCGGUUUAAGUGAAGGAACACACGCCUCCAACCCUCACUCCCAGCCUGAGGACUCCACAGCCUGGGACUCCUUCCAGUCCUCCGACAGCAUAGACGCAGACAUCCCAGCAGCACCCAGUCUCCUCCUGAGUCCAGACCCGCCCUCCUACUCUCAGCCCCUCUCGUCUGGCUCCACCCCUGGGAACUCGGCCCUGGACGAGCUGGAACUGCUGGGAAAGACACUGAUGCAGCAGUCCCUGCCCCCAGAGGGCCUGCAGGUCAAAUGGGACAAGCAGCAGUGCAAACCAACUCUGCGAGAUCUCCAGAGCAAGUCUGGCCACAACAUUACCCCGAACCCCAUCCCAACCUUCGCCGCUGAACAUCCGCCACCUCUCCCCAACUGUCAGCCCAGCCCUGCAGUCACGUUGCUGGAUAUGUCCCCCACUCACAAGGACACUCCUUCUGCAGAAGUCACCCUGACUGAUGUUUUUGUACCGCUAGAAUCCAUUAAGCCCAGUAGUCUGUUACCCGUGACCGUGUUUGACGGACACAGUCUGCGGGUUCUCUUUCACUUUGCACGCGACUCGCCUCCGUCUCGUCCCGAUGUGCUGGUGGUGAUCAUCUCCAUGCUGUCAUCUGCUCCGGUCCCCGUCACGGACAUAAACUUCCACACCACGGCUCCAAAGUCUAUGGCAGUGAAGCUGCAGCCCCCAUCAGGAACAGAGCUCCCAGCUUUCAACCCCAUCCUUCCUCCUGCUGCUGUCACACAGAUCCUGCUGCUGGCCAACCCAAACAAGGAGAAAGUGCAGCUGCAGUACAGACUAACCUUCACCAUGGGAGAGCAGGAGCACAGCGAGAGCGGCAGUCUAGAACAGUUUCCCCCUCCAGAGACGUGGGGGAGCCUAUAGCAUUUAAAACCCAACCCCAACCUGACAGACUCUCGCUUUCAGGCUCCGCUUCCUCCCUAAACCGACUCUCCGACUCAACGAGCUGCAUACGCCCGGUUUCCUUUUUUAAACCCAUUGUACUUUCUUUAAUUGCUACCGAUUCUUUUCCUUGGAUUCCGCUCAUGCUCAGUCACUGUAACGUGUGUAUGCUUUGCUCUAAAUGAAUCACGCGUGUCUAGGUCUAGUCCGCUGUACGUGGCUGCUUUUAAAACAAACAUGCAACGCCGCUUUCCCAUCGCUGUUGCAGUCUUUUCAUAUUGUUUUCUUUUCAUAUUGACAGUGCUACGGGAAAAAAAAGAAGAAAACUAUAUCAAAAGUGUGCAUAUUUUGCUCUUCUGGUGCGAGUUUGAAUCGAUUAUCAGUUGCGUUUACCCUCACCUCUGCAUGCUCUUUCAACAUGGGACACAAUGCUCGCGAAAUCCAGCCCACCAAAAGAGAGAGGACAUAAGCAACACACACACACACACACACACACAC